CCCGUAUCACCUGACUGAUGAUGGCUGUCAAAGAAUGACAGUCACCUGACUGUAACUGUUUAUGUCCUCGCGCUUGUGUGCUGUCUGAAAUUACAUAUAAAACCUUUAAUGGAUAAUGUAACGUAUUUAUGAAUACGUAGUUGUUAUACAGAAUAAUACUAGAUUUGGUUUUGUUUUCAAAAGAAGAUGCAUAGAGGCAGCAUAGGAGAGGAUAUGAGGCUAACGCUAAAGAUAAGCUAAGCUAAGCUAAACUAAUGCUAUUUUGUCCUCUUUUUGACUGGGACUUUUGGGAAAGAUAGAGGAUAAAGAUGCCUCUGACGGCGGGUGUCAUCAGUGGGAUCCAGAGAAUGGUUCUCUAUGAGACCAGAGCUAGAUAUUUUCUGGUGGGCAGCAAUCAAGCACAGACCAAACACCGGGUCCUGAAAAUUGACCGCACAGAACCCAAGGAUUUGGUCAUAAUUGAUGACAAGCAUGUGUACAAUCAGCAUGACGUUCGGGAGUUGCUAGGCCGACUGGACCUGGGCAAUCGCACCAAAAUUGGCCAGAAGGGUUCGGGUGGUCUUUCCAGGGCUGUUGUAGCAUAUGGAAUUGUGGGGUUCGUUCGAUUCCUUGAGGGUUACUACAUCGUGUUGGUUACCAAACAGAGAAGGAUGGCUGACAUCGGAGGCCACUCCAUCUAUAAGAUUGAAGACACCAGCAUGAUCUACAUUCCCAAUGAUUCAGUCAGAGUGACACACCCUGAUGAAGCGAGAUAUGUGCGAAUCUUUCAGAACGUUGACCUUUCCAGCAACUUCUACUUCAGCUACAGCUACGACCUGAGCCACUCGCUGCAGUACAACCUGACUCUGUUGCAGCGACCUUAUGAACUCUGCCCCUCUUUGGCUUCGUCCACCGAGGAAGAGGUGCACACAGAGUGUAGACAGGGCGGCUUUGACAUUUUUGAAGAUGAAGGGUUGCCCACACAAGUUGUUUAUGGCGUACGGAACGAGCCUUACUCCAAGUACAUUUGGAACGGGAAGCUGCUGGACAGAGUCAAGGACGCAGUGCAUCCUGACUGGCUCUUGUAUAUAAUCCAUGGAUUUUGUGGCCAGUCCAAGCUUCUGAUCUACGGCCGACCAGUUUACAUCACUCUCAUUGCGCGGCGAUCCAGUAAAUUUGCUGGAACACGCUUUCUCAAAAGAGGUGCCAACUGUGAGGGUGAUGUUGCCAAUGAGGUGGAGACAGAACAGAUUGUCCAUGACGCCUCGGUGAUGUCUUUUACAGCAGGAAGUUACUCUUCAUACGUCCAGUUGCGAGGCUCAGUCCCACUCUACUGGUCCCAGGACAUUUCCACUAUGAUGCCAAAGCCCCCCAUACGGUUGGAUCAGGCUGACCCAUAUGCACAUGUAGCUGCCCUCCACUUUGAUCAGAUGCUGCAGCGGUUUGGGUCGCCUAUCAUUAUCCUCAACUUGGUCAAGAAACGUGAGAAGAGGAAACAUGAGAAGAUUCUGAGCGAAGAACUUUACCCAGCUGUCACCAACCUGAACCAGUUCCUGCCGCCAGACCACUGCAUUGAAUACAUCGCCUGGGACAUGGCCCGCUACACCAAGAGUAAACUAUGCAAUGUCCUGGACCGUCUGAGCAUGAUAGCAGAGAAUGUGGUCAAGAGAACAGGUUUCUUCAUAAACCAAGCCAAUUUCUACUGCCACACCCUCAGACCUGAUGACAGGUGGGGAGAUGUAGGUGGACACAUAACAGAGAGUGGACGGCUGCAGACCGGUGUGUUACGGACAAAUUGUGUGGACUGUUUGGACCGGACCAAUACAGCCCAGUUUAUGGUUGGGAAGUGUGCACUGGCCUAUCAGCUUUAUGCACUGGGAAUGAUUGACAAGCCCAAGCUGCAGUUUGAUACUGACUGCGUGAGAUUGUUUGAGGAGCUGUAUGAAGAUCAUGGAGACACACUGUCCCUACAGUAUGGCGGCUCCCAGCUGGUCCACAGGGUCAAGACCUACCGCAAGAUCGCCCCCUGGACUCAGCACUCCAAAGACAUCAUGCAGACGCUCUCGCGCUAUUACAGCAACGCUUUCUCAGACGCUGACAGACAGGAUGCCAUCAACCUGUUUCUUCAGGUUUUUCAGCCUUCAGAGUCCAAACCACAUCUGUGGGAGCUGCCCACUGACUUUUACCUUCACCAGAAAAGCACCAUGGCCCUUACUGUAGACAGACCCAGCUACACCAUGUGGUGGUCUGAUGGAGUUCUGUCCUAUCUUCCUGUUGCCUAUGAUGAAGUUCCAUGUGAAAAAAACAUGAAGAAGGUGAAAGUGAAGAGAGUAAACCACUUUGACGAGAGCACCGACAUCUACACAGAAUUCUUCAAACCUUAUGAACUCACCGCCUUUGAAGACCAUUUCUGCAUCACCAUGGUCAACUCUGCCAGGGAAUUUAUGCCCAAAACAGUGGCAGUGGAUCCAAGUCCAUUCACUGUUCGUAAACCGGAGGAGACGGGAAAGUCGGUGCUGGGAAACAAAAGUAGUAAAGAGGAGACACUGCUCCAGAGGAAAACUGCGGCCAGUGCACCUCCCCCACCAAGUGAGGAGGCCAUCUCCAGCACGUCUGAGGACGACUCUGAGGAGGACCGUGAUGACGACGCAUCGGUGUCGCAGCGCUCCACCCCCAUCAAACUGCUAACUGACUCUGGAGAGAACACUCGCACACAGGAGGAACAUCAGCAGCAGCAGACGGCGAAGGAGCCGUAUGGACUCAAUCUGGCCAUGUUCCCUACAGAAAGAGACACGCUCAUUUACCAAAGGUUUGCACGUCUGGGCGGGGGACAGCACAAAGUGGAGAAGGCCGAGCGCAUAAACCUGGCAAAUAUCAUCAGCUUAGAACCAGUGUCCUGCUUGGUGGAGGACAGCAUCUACAGUGUCUCUCCUCCAAAGGUGGACAGAGACAGCAGAAUUGUGUUCGAAAGCCAUGUGAUGACGGGUCGAGGUCAGGUGAGAGCGCUGUGCAGGGACGACAUGCUCAUGUACAGAGAGUACGUCAAAAAUAGAUACAUGUGAGACGCAGCUCGGGCGCCGUCAAUUUCUUUGUGGAGACUCCACCAAGGUGUUCCAGCAGGACAGCAGAGGGACGUUCCUCCAUUUUUAAAUGAAUAUCGCCUUAGCCUUCUUGGUGUGAACUUUAUUUCCCUUCUGUUCAGAGAAGACUGUUCGUUCUGAAGAUAUGAAGCAGCCACGUCUCCUGUAUUUCAGAGGUUUCAAUGCCUCAGAUUUGAUGACAGGAUUUUAACAAUUCUGCCUGUUUUGUUCCUUUUGUUUGUCCUUUGAAUUUUUUUUCUAAUCUUAAUCAUUUUAAUGACAUUCUUUUAUGAAGGUUUUUUUAAUUAACUGCUUGUAAAUACUGUAUUAAUGUCAGACGCCUGUGUCAGUAUUGUAAGUCAACUAUUUUAUCUUGAUUGGCUGAUUUUGUAAGCGUCAGUCAAUUUUAGCUUGGCUUCCUGGACGGCGCUCAUUUGGUAGAGUCCGUUCUGUCAGCCUGUGUUAGGAUUCUUUAAUUAAACUGUAUUUAUGA